GGAAGUCGAGAGAGUAUCGUGAGUUACUAUAGCAAUGCUGGGGGUGAGGUGUAUGGCAAGUAUCCAGUGAGUGGUGAGAUCUUGUUUGGUAUAAAAUACGACCCAAAGAUCCAGGAGUUUCAGAUUCAGAUUCAUCAAGGUCGAGAUAUCACUGCUGUCGACAAGAAGACAGAGACAUCAGAUCCGUAUGUAUUCAAGCAUUACUCCGUUACAUUUGAAUUUAGUAAAGUAGUGAUCAGGGGUGGAAAAAAUAGACGAGCAACAAAAUUGCUGCAAUUUGCAACAAAAUCUGAUUUCAACGCAUGUUAAGUAGAAAUGUCGUCACAUGUUGCCUCGUGAUUUGUAAUUCAUGUGUAAACAUUUUCAAUUAACAUGCGUUGAAGUCAGAUUUUGUUGCAAGUUGCAGCAAUUUUGUUGCUCGUAUUACUCCACCUUUAAACAGCUGCAGGAAAUUUGUUUGAAUGAAGAUUUGCUAUCGAAAAUUUGAAGGAAAUCUUAACACCCAUGCCCCACUAUGGGCGCAACAACAUAUGGUUGACAGACAUUAUUCCUUGAAUUCAAUACCAUGGUCAACUAGAACACUAUAUGUUUAUACACAUGCAGAUUUCGCACAAAAAUACUCCGUUGGUCUACGGAACAUUUUUGUCUCCAGCCCCAGGUUGUGCUCCCAGGAAGAAAAUUCUUUUUUCCUGCCCUGGUAGUGUUAACGUUGUGCCUUACAGUUAAAAUACAAAAAGUGUCCCACUUCAGUUUCUGUAGUCUGUUGUGAUUUUUUGUAAUGCGUUCUGUUUUUCUGUAGCUAUUUAUCGGCAAAUACCGCGAUAAAAUAAACAUGUCGCACUUUAUAUGUAGUAAAACUACCCAGUAUAAUAGAGUAUAAUUAAAUGUCCUUUAUUUUGAUAAAGAUACGUGAAGACUUACUUACUGCCUGACAGAAGCAGAACCGGGAAGAGAAAGUCUAAAGUGAAGAAAAAUACAGUCAAUCCAGUGUUUGAUGAAAUACUCACAGUAAGCUACUCGCUCAUCUUUUCUUUGCAUAAAAUUGACCAUAACAACAACGGUAACUCCGAAUAAAGACAACAUUUUUGAUUCAACGUUUUGACUUUAUUUAGUCAUCACCUGAUGAUGACUAGUUUCAGAUGAUGACUAUAUAAAGUCGAAACGUUGAAUAAAAAAUGUCUUUAUUCGGAGUUCGUUGUGUAUUUCAUGAAAAUGCUCAGUGGUUUCCGCAAUUAUAAAAUUGACCAUAACAACAGUACCAUCCAGUAACGAUCCCUUUAUAACAGUCUAGUGAUUGGAAUGUCCUGUCGAAAUUUCACUGUUCUCCAUGUCAUCUCAUUGUUUCAACUUGUUUUUAUACCUGUAACAUUUUAGGGGAAGUUACUAUUUUUAGACUUUUGUAAUUUUGUAUUCUUUUAUAUUUUAAACUUAAUCCUAACUCUAAUUUUAACCUUAAUCCUAAACCUAACCCUUACUCUAAUCUUAAUCCUAACACGUUCCCUAAUCCAAACCUUAAUCCUAAAACGUAACUCAUAAUUAUGAUUGUUUUUAUCACAAAUGCUUGGAAUUCAUCAUAUGUUUUAUUUUGUAGUACAAGAUUACUUAUGAUGAAAUUCUGCAACGGACACUGUGGCUUGCUAUCUGGAAUCAUGAUACGUUUGGUCAUAAUGAUUUCUUGGGUGAGGUUCUGGUGCCCAUUGAUCAGUACCAUCAGUCUGGUUUUAGUCUUGAAGAUCCUGAGCCUCAGUGGUAUGAACUUUGUGAACGGGUGAGUUUUCUGGGAAAGAUAUUCUGUUUACAAAUUCACUUUAUAUCUAUUGAAUAGCACUCUUUCUAAACUGUUUCCCUACCAGUAUCACUUCUGAAAGAAACCUUUAUUCACACUUCAUACCUCUAUCUGUUCUUUCUAAAUUGUUCACUCUGGAUGCCUUGUAAGGGUCAUCUUUUAUUGGUUUCGUGUUAGUACUGCAUUGUAGGGGCUGGUUGUAUAAAAAAGUCAUUAAAGUUAACUAUAGUUAGUGGAAACGUCAUCCAAUGAGAAGCGCGUAUUUGAAAGUUAAUCACUAUUUAACUACAAAAUAGUGAUUAAAAAAGUGAUUAAGAGUUUUAUACAACCGACCCCAGGAGGAAACCUGAUUCACACUAAGUUUAUUAACCUACUGAGUGGCAGCACUCUUCCUCUGACGAGUAAAGACGUCUGGCGUUAGACAGAGUAAAAUAAUAAAGUAGGGCGCAUCUGGGCGCAUUGCCACUUAAAGUGUUAAUAGAUCUAUCCCUUCCAAACUCGUUUCCCUAGAGGUCAAGUAAGAAUCAAAUUGUGAGUUUAGUCUUACUACAGGAGGGAACUGGACUAACCUGACAAAAUCCUGAGCGAUUGCUGAAGUUGCCAGUUCGGCAGCCCUCUUCCUACCAUAUUACGGAAUUCUGACACCAUUUGCACUGUGCCAUACGAGUAAAAUUAGAAAUAACCGUACUGGUAUGCCGUUAAAUUGUCUUAUUGUCUCUUACAGCAAGCAGACGACCAGCAGUUCUCGUACAAUGGAGAGAUUGUGUUCUCCUUGAAAUAUGUUCCACCCUCAGCCUUGGUUAGCAAUAAGAAGAAGAAAAAGAAGAAAAAGGCGGACGAUGAGAAAGGAGAACUUCAUAUUAAUAUUAUCGAAGCGACUAAUCUUUUAGCUAAAGAUGCUAACGGAUUUUCUGAUCCGUUUUGUAAAAGGUAUCGUCUAGUGUUAUUGCUGUUUUAAUCCAUGUGAUCACGUGAUAGAAAUUAGCUGUACCGAUUGAGAUGCCCCAAAAUCCUGCAAACAUUGCUAUCAACUUAAGUAUAAUAUACAUGAACUUGUGGUUAGAGCUCGACAACUGGACUCUGCCAUAGAUAUCAUAUAUACACUAGAUAGUGUAUCUAAUUAUUCUGCAAUUCAAAAAUUGAAGCCGUGAUUGCAGACUCAGGAUAUUCCCAUGAAAUGAGAAGACUCGUAUGUUUUCUAUUUCUUAAACACGGACCUUAAACAUUAAGUUAAACCUAUUCCAAAUACAUUUUCAAACUAUUCAAAUGAUGAAAGUUAUUGUUGUUUUUUAAGCGUUUGUUAGCGAGUGGGAAACUGCAACAUGGCCGCCAUCUAUUCAAAUGGGGGUAACCGCUGGAAUAUUCUUGGCUUCAAUUUUACUAAAAGAUAUGCGCUAUCUAGUCUAUAUAAGAUAUCUAUGGACUCUGUAGCUCAGUUGGUUAGAGCACUGCACCGGAAUCUCAGGGCUACAGGUUCAAUUCCUGCCAGAAGGCCUGCAUGUAGUUGCAUUUUCCACAGCUGUUCCUGGUUAGGUUUAAUCAAUGUGUAAACUUUACAUUAAAAGUGUAAUUUUCUCCACUUUUAGUUAUCUGCUUCCAGACAAGAGUAAGAAAUCGAAACAGAAAACGCCCGUGGUGAAGAAGAGUCUGAAUCCAAAAUGGAACUACCACUUUGUUUACGAUAAUGUCACGCAUGAAGAGCUCAUGGACAGGGUCCUGGAACUGACUAUAUGGGAUUUCGAUCGGGGGUCUAGUAACGAGUUUCUUGGUGGAGUACGUUUAGGACUGGGGACUGGUGUCCAGGAAUGGGAUGACGCGACAUCAGAGGAACAAGCUGCUUGGAAUAAGAUGUUGAAUAAUCAGAAUGAUUGGAACCAAGUCAGUUUGAUUUUGAGGGAGCACAUGGGUCGUCAUAAGUAAGCUAUUCGUAUAUGUAUGUAUGUAUGUGACUUGUUUGUAGCUAUUUAUGUAUGUAUGCAACUUGUUUGUUAGCUAUUUAUGUAUGUAUGCAACUUGUUUGUUUGUUUGUUUAACAGUUUGUUUGGUGGUAGUGGCGAUGAUGAUGGUGAUGGCGGUGUUGUUGUUUGUAUUGUUUCUGUUGUUUGUUUGUUUGCUUGCUUGCUUGCUUGCUUGCUUGCUUGCUUGCUCGUUUGUUUAUUUAUUUGUUGUGCUGUUGUGAGAGAGCUCAGGCUGUCACUACAGCCUUGGGUAAAACAGGAAACGUUGGUAUGGAAACAAUUGAAAAUUCCGAUGUUUCCACAAACGUUUCCCAGUUUCUCCAUUCUUGAAAACAUUAUUACGGACACAAACAUUGUUUCCCACGAUGCCAAAAUGGUUGCCAACAAAUUCAGAAACCUAUUUCGUCUCUUAACUGAGUGCAACAAUGUUUUUUGUUUGCCUGAAAAAAUUGAAAACAAAAUUAAAAAUUAAAAUUCAAUAUUUUUUCUCAGGAUAUCAUAUUGUUUUUUCUCCCUAAUGUUUCUAACAAUUGACAAUUUCUAUCGUUGAUAUUCCUCCACUUUUGCUUAUAUUUUGAUAUACAUUUUAUAUUAGAAGCUAUUAUUUUCCUAUUAUUUUUUACAUGUACUUGUUUGUGUUUUGCUUUGUGUUUCUAUCGUUAGUAUAUUUUCCAGGAGUAUAUUUUUUUACCUUUAUAUUUCAUAGAUUUUCUUUGUAUAUUUUUGUUUAUUUAUUGUUGUUUAUUUGUUUGUUUGGGACAUGAACAUAGAACUAGUUCAAUGGGGACAAUGAGUAAUUAUAUUUUUGUAAUAAAAUGAAAUAUGUUCUGAAAUGAAUAAAGAUUUUCUGAGGUAAAUAAAUGUCGUCGCAGCAAUAUUACAGUAAUGUAAUUUUGAUAUUGUUUGUUAGACGAAAAUUCAAAAUAUUUUAAUAAAUUUAUCUAAAUGGGAGAUUCCGGUGUUUAUUGGGCCGACUUUUAUCAGUUAUACAAUGAACCAUAUUGAGUCAUAUAAUUUCGAGCUUCAAAAUAUUUAUUUUUGUGAUACAUAUUUCAUUUUAUUCUUCAUUUACCAAAUCUUUAGUUGUAAUUUUUCAAUGUCAUCUAGUGCAGGAUUUUGUAUAUUUUUGUUUCAUUUUCAUUCGUAGUUGAAAUAAAGUGUACCUUAUUCGUGCAUAUUUCAGUAAUUUUGCCUUAUCAGUACACUGUUGAUUCUGCUGCACGGCAUCAACUACUCUGUGGGUUGAAUGCUGCGGAACGAACAAAUUCAAUAUGGCGAAUGAACACGUUUCUAUACAUGUUUGAAUUCAUUAAUAGACCUUUCCCCUUAUGAGUGAAAUUUUGAUCUAGACAAGCCUGGACAAAAAUUUCAUCACAGCUUGAAAGAGCAUCACAAAAUUAGUAAUAUUCCGAAGUUUCGUUGCGAAAUGUUGUAAAAUGCGGAUAAUAUAGCCUUGCGAAGUUUGCUGUUUUUCAGUCAUUUUGUAUUACAAUCUAACAUUUUGCAUCAGAUGAUCAAACUGAUGCAAAAUGUUAGAUUGUAAUGCAAAAUGACUGAAAAACAGCAAACUUCGCAAGGCUAUAUUAUCCGCAUUUUACAACAUUUCGCAACGAAACUUCGGAAUAUUACUAAUUUUGUGAAGCUCUUUCAAGCUGUGAUGAAAUUUUUGUCCAGGCUUGUCCAGAUCAAAAUUUCACUUAAAAGGGGAAAGGUCUAUUGACAUUCCCUAAAAUGGGCUUUUCAAUGACAAUUUACAUAAAUUUUAAAAAGAAAUUAUAAAUUACCAUGCAUGCAAAUUAACACAAAAAUAUGACCCGGCAGUCACUAUUAUUAUUUUUUGAAAAUCACACAGUUCUCUAUGCCCUUUGGGCACUGGUUGCUCGAGUAUUCUACAGAGGGCUCUUAAGCCCUCCUGACGACGGAUGAGUACUUGCCAAAUUAUAAAUUUAUGAUUGCCCAAUUUUGUUAUUUUGUGCGAAGUUUUGUGUAUAUAGAGUAUGCCAAAUAUGCCAGAAUUCAGCACAAAUGUAAAGAUACAUGCAACAAUUUUCUCAAUGCACAUAUUUUGAAUUUUAAUUGCAAUAUGAUUAUCGGUUAUCAUUGUCUUCUUAUUUUCAAUAUUUAUAAUGCGACUAUAUACAAAUGUGAGUGAAUAGCAUUUUCCCAUGAGACUAGAUAUUAUCACAAGACUUCCAUGUUUAAAAGGCGUGCUCCUGACUUUCUUCGUGGUAACGAGAGACGGCUGACAUGCUUUAACAGCGUCGCUUUUCUACGGGAAUUUCUACCAGGAGAGAUCAUUUUCAUCGACUUUUGGAAGCGGCGGAAAACACCCAGUGUCUUGCACUUCAAGGCAAGUGAGUUCAGUUCUUUGAUGUGUAUUUGUUGUGUUUCCCCUCUCGAGAGUUUUAUGUCGCUAUGUCCAAGUGUUUGUCUUUUUUGGGACGUGAUAUUUGCUUGCUGCCAUUAAGCGCUUGAGUGCGUACUAUGAAUGCUGAUUUAAACAUGGCUCUUCUCUUUACAGGUUGUGUAGUUGAGACUCCUAAAGAAUACCAAGUUCUUCAUACAGGUAAUUAUGGACAUGUACUUAGUUUAAAUCUGAGUUUUAACUUCUAUAUGUUAGGCGUUAUAUAUGUGUUGGAAUUGGUUUACUAAUUCAGUGUUUAGUAUAGGUAUGUUGUAUAAGUUCCUGACAAAACGCGUUCGUUCGUAACGUGCAAGUGUUGUGUUAAUAUCUUUUAUGGAGUUCGGACACAAACCUCGGCAGCUUGUUGAAGAAUAUACCACCUACUGAACACCCUCUAGAUAGCCUGAUGGCGCCUCAAUGGCAUAUGAAAAGAGUGUUUCUAGUUAACUCUACUAACCACUAUUGUUUGACUCUGAUAACACCGCUUUUCCCCUCUAGUCACUAGUGGACUAAGGGCUGUUCAUGAGCCUGGCCAGCUUGAGUGAAUCGUGUCAGGAAAAUUUUUUCCUGUCCAUAAACGAUCGUUUGAACUUUAUACUGUUACUCUAAUCAAACUAAGAUAAUUCAACUUUUACCAAAGUUUUGAUAAGAGCCAAAGUCUUCUCGUCCAAAUUUGUAAACCUGAGUGAUCUGACAAAUUUUAUUGUUUAAACCAACCAUUAGGGAAAUGCGGCUUCCUCUGGGGCUUAGUAAGACAAAGCGAUGUCAUAAAUGCUUUGAAGGUGCUUUUGUUUUUUCUCAUGCGUCGCUCAGAUUUAUAGUUAUUUGCCCAGGCUUGUGUUUAUUCGACGCUUCGUUGCGUUGUCUUGUUUUGCUAUUCGUGUGUCCCCAAUGCAUGGUUUUACACCGAAAUGAGGAUUCAAGAUUGUGGGUUUCGUUUCUUCUUGAUAGGAGGUGAGAUCUCUGUAGAACUCUGCCGCCAUUAUUUCACUGGUACGAAUGUAAUCUAAGUCCAUCAGUUCAUGACCUUUUUGUGAAUACUUUGGCGGCAUUAUUAAAAUACAAUUUAUUUAUACUGUUGGUAGUUCUUUUAGACUUUCAGCUCUGAACUGUCCCAUUCUUAAAGGUCCAGGAAGGGAUAUUCCUUCGGAUCAUUGGUCCAGUGUUACCACACGAGGAAACCCUACUACCCGGAAAAAACUUCUGGUGUUUGGUAGAGUGAAACUGGAACUAAUCUUAUCAUAUUCACUGAAACAACUCCUAAUCAUAUACGACUUCAUCAAUCAGGAAUCGAAGACCGUCCUCGGAUGUGAACGGUGUGCUCGAUACAACUAGAGUAACGAUGUAAACAAAUUGUAGCUGAUAUUGUAUACUAAUGUCUAUAAUCGUCAUAUACUUACAUAUUUUUCAGAAACAAGAAAUGGAUUUAUUUCGUGUUGAAACGGGCGCUGCUCCUGGACAGAGCUGUAGUGAAGAGACGAUGCCUAUACUGAAACGUAGUCCUAGAAAAGAUGAACCUCCACUUAACCCCAAAGUAUUCCUUAUUAACGAUUCCUUGGCUUCUAUUACUAAUAUAUCAUUGAUGUUUACUGACACGUCCAAUCGAUUCAAGGCAAGUAAUUUUGAUCAACUUAAAAUGACUCUACAUAAUACUAUAGGUCCCUAUGGAUUAAUAACCUGGAUCAAAGGUUUUUCUAACUUGGUGAUGCUUCCGAUAAUCUCUAGUAAUACUGACCAAGAAAUGAAUGUAGAAACACUUACUAGUUAGUAGCCUACUGUUACUGUCAGUUGGCUACUAACUCUUGACGAAGGGCCUUCGCUCGAAACGUCGAGUUUCUGCUUAUUUUUUAAGGUUGUAAUAUAACCACUCAGCACAGCAUUUUCACAUUGGUACUACCCACACUGGUACAGACAGUUUAUGUAGAAACACUAACUGUGUAUUGUGAUGUAUGGAGGCUUAUUGGUUGACCAUUGUGUUUUAAUCUUGCAGGAUUACGCUAGCAAACCUACUUCUCCUGUCAAACAAAAGGACAGUGAAAGAGAUCCUCCCAAAUCCCCGGAAUAUCGCCAAUUAUCUCCAAAGAACCUCGAUGACCCUAUAUAUCCCAGUGGCAAAACCAACCUGUCGGCCAAAUGUAGCAGCAGUGAGACGGAAUGUUUACUAGAAAAGACCAAUAAUGUCUUAAACAUCAGCGAAAAGAGAGACUCGCGUCCUGGCUCAGAACAACUUCUGAAGAAUGAGUUGAAACAAUCGUCAACUAUUCUAGCCUUGGCAGCCUCACAACCCGACCAGCCUGGAUCCUCUGCAGCCGCCGUAUCAGGCGAUUCCCCACCUGGGUCAGGCAAGAAAAAGACCUUGGGAGAAUUGGCGAAAGAAUGGAAUUCUAAUCAGGUAUUGGUGUUUCGUAUUUACAUCCAUCCUGUUCUUUCCAAAGCUCCAGCAAUCCUGAUUCAACACUUGGUUAAAACUGAGCUCAUGUCGAAUAACUGGAUAGCUCUCACGCCUGUAUUCUAAAUGCUCACUCACGCUCACACUCAAAGAGUGGAGGUUCAAUCUGAGCUUUUCUUGAGUGUCAAUGCUGUUUUUGAAUAGCUGCGUGGAUAGUUAAUGUCGUACCUUACUAUGUGACUACUCGCCCUUCAGCUAUUCAAAAGCAGCACUGACACUCAAGAGAAGCUCAGAUUGAACCUCCACUCUUUGAGCAUGAGUGAGCUUUUAGACCACAGGCGUCAGGCACAUCUCUUCAAGAGGAAACCUGAACUAACUUUAUUUAAACUAUAUAGCUCUAUCAUUUCUAUCUAAACAGUUUUUCCUGGAGACUUCAUUUGUCUAACACAAACACAGUCCGUGCUGACAAAACGUUUACACGCUACGAUUAAUCGUGUACGAUUCGUAUUCUGGCGUAUUUAGAUGAGUGCUGGCGCCAUAAUUCAUUGCCGUUUCGUUAAAAAGAUAUUUCAAAUGUAGCCUGGCUACCUUAUGCGUGUUUACUCAAUGACAUACGCCAGAAAACGAAUCGUAUACGAUUAAUCGCAGCGUGUAAACAUAGGCAGCCCAAUGUUAUGGUUGCCUGUCUGCGCGCGGGCCAGGCGUUGUAUAGUUGUAUUAUUUCCUUUUAUGUAGGAAAUAAUACAACUAUAAAACGCCUCGCCCGCGCGCAGACAGGCAACCAUAACAUUGGGCUGCCUAUGGUGUAAACGUAGCUUAAUACAUCUCCUUGCUUUGUUUGUUAAAAUUAUUCUUCAUUCAUUCAUUCAGAGCCCUAAUGAGAAGCAUGUGGAAGCUAAGAAAGCAGUGGUUUCCACGACUGAAGACGACUUGGUACGGCACAGUACUUACUAUUCUACUUCAUCAUCUGUUUAUGGCAUGUCCAGCCACGAAUGCAGGCUCAGAAAUAAACUUAAGGCUAGACGUCAUUUAAAUCGCGAUGAAGUAUAUCAAGAAAAGAAAACCACUUCCCCACCAUUAAUCAAAUUACACGCAGUAGGAGAUCUGCUAUAA